GGGUGGGGGUAGGGUCAGACAUAAUUGUGUAUACAAGGACAACAAUUUACAUACUGAUUGACUACAAAAGAAAAAAAAAAGUAAUAUAAACCACACGUCUUUCCUUCUAUACUCCUUUUCUUUUACUAUUCUUUCUUUCUUUCUCUUUAUUCUUAUUCUUGCUUGUAAUAUGGUAGGAACAAAUAAGGUAGAUGAAAAUAACCCACCAAGAAAGAAAACGGUUUUGCAUUUGGUUUAUCCAUGUUAUAUAUGUUGUAGUGGACAUAAUAAUAAUAACUACGUUGCUUAUGGUGUAGCUGCUAGAACUAUUAAUCACGUAAGGGAAGAGCAUGGCUAUUAUCUUCCUAGUCGUCGUAAAAGUGUUCGUCGACCUAAGAAUGAUAUAUAUGAUUAUCAAACUAAUAUGAAGAUGCAUUGGGAUGAACAACAGUAUGCUUGUACAAGUUGUUGGUAUCAUACUGACAACUUGUAUAAUUUAAUAGAACAUGUUAAAGUGAAACAUACUCCAUCAAGAUAUAAUAAUCAAGAAUAUGAUACACAUGAUCAUACGAAUGAAGUUCCCUUUGUUUAUACGGGUGAUCGUUUUGAACAAAAGACAGUGAAUACUAUUUUUAAACAAAUGAAUGACAUUACUGCUUUAUUUAAAGAUAUUCUUAAAAUGUCAUAAAUAAUAAAUAUUUAAAUUUGCGGUUUUUGAGUUGCUAAAAGUUCUUGCAUACGUUGUUGAGUCUAUACAAGAAGCUGUUAAUAUCAAUUCUACACAAGCAUAUAUGUAUGUAU